AUGGCCAGCCUCAUCCAGCUCAUCCGACAACGCUACCUCGACACGAUCCGGGCCGUGCCUGCGCGAUGGAAGGUCCUCGUCGUCGACCAGCACACCCAGCACAUGCUCCAGUCGGUCCUGUCGACGUACGACGUUCUCGAGGAGGGGAUUCAGCAGGUCGACCUCAUCACCUCGCACCGCCAGCCUCAGCCUCGACUCGCCGCCGUCUACCUCCUCAUGCCAACGACGCAGAACGUCGACCUCGUACUGCGUGACCACAACCCGACACCGCCACCUGCGCCUGGCAAGAGCUCGAAGAAGCAGGCUCCCGGACCUCAAGAGCCACCUCGGUACGCGGCGGCCUACGUCAACUUCAUGGAGGGCAUCAACGACGCGCUCGUCGGGCGACUGACCGACAGCCUGCCCGAGGAGUACCUCCAGGGCCUCAAGGAGCUGUACAUCAACUUUCACGCUCUCGAGCCAAGGGUGUUCUCGCUCCGCACGCCGCACAACUUCCAGACCCUGUACGGCCCGCCGGAUCAGCAGCCCGACCACGCCAUCGCUCGGUGGGAGGACGACAUUGGCUGGAUGUCUCGCUCUAUCGUCAACGUCCUCGCGACGCUCGGCGAGUACCCGCUCAUCCGGUACUACCACCCUCCCUCUGGCUUCCACCACAUCCUCGGCCCUGGUGCGACCGUCGGCGAGCCCAUAGGGAAACGUCUCGCAGACCGAGUGCAGGCCGAGAUCGACGCCUACGCUCGGGACAACAGCAACUUUCCGCCCGUCUCGGACCCGCCACGACCACGCGGUGUGCUCUUCAUCACGGACCGCUCGAUGGACCUCAACGCGCCGUUCCUGCACGAGUUUACGUACCAGGCCAUGUGCAACGACCUGCUCGACGUCCAGGACGGGCAGCGGUACCGCUACAUCUUCACGAACGAGCAGGGGCAGGAGGAGGAGCGCGAGGCGGUCCUCUCGGACGACGACAAGGUGUGGUGCGAGGUGCGGCACAUGCACAUGAAGGACGCGCUCGACAAGCUCAUCGCCGACUUCCGGUCGUACGCUGGCGAGCACGGCGGGACCUACGGCGGGACGAGCACGAGCAUCAACGACAUGAAGGACAUGCUCGCGAGCCUGCCGCAGAUGCGCGAGGUCAAGGAGAAGCUUUCGCUCCACCUCACGAUGGCCGAGAAGUGCAUGACGCUGUUCGACAAGAAGAAGCUGCCGGCGAGCGCCAACGUGGAGCAGUGCUGCGCAACGGGCGUGACGCCCGAGGGCAAGACGCCCAAGACGCUCGUCGAGGAGAUGGUGCCGUUGCUGAGCGAUCGUUCCGUCAGCUCGACCGACAAGCUGCGCAUCAUCGCCCUGUACAUCAUGCACCGCGACGGCGUACCCGAGGGCGACAAGAAGCGCCUGUAUCAGCAUGCUCGGCUCGCCCUGCACGAGAUGGACGCCAUCGACAACCUCAAGCACCUCGGCGUCAAUGUCGACAAGGACUCGGGCAAGAAGCGCAAGGCCCUGUUCAAGCAGCGCGAGGAGGACGACUCGUACGACAUCUCGCGGUACCAGCCUCAGCUGCGGUACAUGCUCGAGGAGCACUUUGCGGGCAAGCUCGACCACUCGAUCUUCCCGUACGUCCGCGACGCGCCGGUCGGCUCGUCGUCGACCCUGUCGCGCUCGUCCGCCUCGCCUGCGGCCAACGCGCCGCCGUCGACGGGCUCGCUUCGGAGCGCACGGCCGCAGUGGACGAGCCAGAAGGCCAAGCGGGCCGUCGACGCGCCCAAGCAGCGCGUGCUCGUCUUUGUCGCCGGCGGCGCCACCUUUUCCGAGGUGCGCAGCGUGUACAAGCUGUCCGAGGCGGCGCAGAAGGACAUCUUUCUCGGCACGACGCACCUCGUCACGCCGCACCAGUUCGUCGCCGACUUGUCGAGCCUCGAGCGCGGCGGCUCGGCCCACACCGACAAGGGCUUUGCGCCCAACAAGGGCAAGCCGUUGCCGCCUCGAGCGCCGGGCAUCCCGCAGGAGGCGCUCGACCGGCGGUACUACGUCAAGGUCGUCGCGCCGCCACCGCCCGUCGCCGCUGCACCGCCGCAGGCUGCGCCCGAGGCGAGCCGGCGCCCGUCGUCGAUCGCGUCGAGCCUGACGGGCCGCGCACCGUCGUCGCAGGGCUUGACGCCGACGGCGAGUGCGAGUUCGGCCCCAACGAGCGCGAACGGGAGCCCGAGCAGCGGUGGGGCGAGCGCGAGCGGCGGCAAGAUUAAGAAGAAGGGGUUCCUGCGCAAGCUCAUCUGAGGCCAUUCGUCCUUCUAUCCCUGCAACUGCCGUCACAGUCUAUUCUG